AUAAUAAAAUAGGUGGUAAUUAUUUUAGAAUACUAUAACAAUGUUGAUGGGAAUCUUGAUGAUGACCAGAAAGAUUUUGUGGAUAUUUUGCUUCUGAUUCAAAGAGAUCUUUUGAUGUCGAUUUCACCGAGGCUCGACGCCCUGUAGAUUCGAUGAUGAAAGUUACAACUGGAGCAAUUCUGGAACACAUUAAUCAAUUGCUUCAGAUACCAGGUUCAAAGCUACUCCUAGGGGGUGAACCUUUAGAGAAUCAUUCCAUUCCCCAAAUAUAUGGUGCUGUUAAACCAACAGCUGUCUAUGUUCCUCUUGAAGAAAUUGUGAAGGACAACAAUUAUGACCUUGUGACAAAAGAAAUAUUUGGACCAUUCCAGAUAAUUACCGAUUGUAAGAAAGAAUAGCUCCCUCUAGUAUUGGACAUUCUUGAGAUGAUGCAUGCACACUUGACGGCCGCUGUUGUUUCAAAUGAUUUUCACUUUCUACAGUCAAAGAUUUCUUUCUCAUAAAGCUAUGCAUAAAGUUAUUUUCUAUAUGUGUUGUUCAUUCAUUCAACAAUAUCCAAGCAUGCAAUUUUUUGUAAGAUCACAUUAUCACAGUAGGCUUGAACUUUAAACACCAGACCUCAAAGACUGCUCCCAUUAAUCUCAUUAACCAAAUCUUCCACUUGUGCUACAA